CGUUGGGUUUCGCCGCUUACAGACGUGGCGAGAGUUAUUGUUUGUAUUCAUAUCAUUUUAAAUUGGAAGUGCGUUCAGGAUUAAUUAGAUAUUUAUAUAUAAAAGAAACGCCUGCGAGAUCGCUCUCCAACCGCAAAAUGUCGACGCGAAGAAAAUCCUCCGCGCAUACGCCCGUGGGUGAAUUGGUUAGAAAGUCAAUUGGAAGGACUCCGCUGAAAGAUUUGCAGAAUGGGAUGAAGUUUGCAGCACAGAGCGCCGCUAUAUUACCUCCAGCAUUCAGCAACCUGAACAUAAAGGAGGAAGGACUUGGUUGUUGUUUUAAUUCUGAAGAAAACCCAAACUGCCCAGUUGCUGACAAUGAGGCCAGAAACGUUCUGGGUUUUAAAUCUCCUUUCCUGCUCUGGAGAAAACCAGAACGAGAGAAUAAGAUAGUCAUGGCUUCAGACUGUCAGAAAGAGAACGAAGAACCGUUGUCCACUGGAGACAAUGCACUGAGUUCCCUUACAGCUGGACGGCCAGGUGUGCCUGUAACUCCACAUCGUGGUAACAAACCCUCACUAGAAAAACAGCCUGCUGACCUCUCUAGUGAUAAUACAGAAAGCCCUGGAAGUCUGAGGGACCUUGAAGAGGCGAGGGUAGAGGCGUGUGACGCAGGAGAAGAGUCGCUCCAAGCCCAAAUCUGUGCUCAAGAGCUAACUGAUACUCUGGAAGAGGUGGACAAAGACACUACCUGCUGUCAGGCUCCCAUUACUCUAAAGGAAGAUACUUUGAAAGACGCAUCGCUCUUGGAGGAGAGCAUAAUCAAUUCCAUCGAGGCUCUGUUUCAGACACCUGAAACGAUGAACACAGUCAAUACUGAGAUCGGUGUCACGGACCCUCAACACAGUAAUAGCAGUGUUUGUGAACCUCCCUUAAACUAUGAAGAGAAAGCCGGGAUCAUAAGCACCAUGCCCGUUGCUGAUCCUUCAGGCCAGCAGAAUACUGAAACCCGCUCCAGUUUAGUGGUACUAACAGACAGUGAAACACUAACUAGCUCACAGGAGAGAUGUGAUGCAAAAACAAACUCAAGUUCUUUCUUGGCUGUUCCAGUUCCAGAAAUAUGUGUUGGUCUUUACGCAAGUACAGUGGAAGAUCAAGAAGAACACCCUGUCUGCAGACCCAGCAGGCAAAUAGAUGCAGAUUUCAGUCCGCAGGGGAACCAAGUAAUUGAGCCGUAUUCCAGUCUGAUUGUGGAUGGAGAGGAGGGUGCUCCAUUGGACUCUUCUGUUUCUGCAGAUGAUCCGUGUCGCCUUGAAGAAAAAGAACAGGAUUUUGCUUUAAGCUUUUCAGAAGGCGAGUGUCCAGGAGGUGCUGCAGAUUGCUUUGUAAGCAGUCCCUGCUCGGCCGAUGCUGUGGAAGCAGGACUGGGAACACCUGUGCUGUCUGCGAGCCCAACUCCUGCAGAAAAUGAACACAGAUCAUUAGCCUGCAGUCCAGAAUCUUUGGCUGCUCCACUGGCUGAUGAGCAGAGUCGUGUGUCUUUGACAGAGGAGGGGACCUCCAACACGCACCACCCUGCUGGUUUGGAAGAUGAAGACCAGCAAGAUGAUGAAAUUGCAACAGAAGCACUCGCUUCUGAGCUAAACACAACUCUUCAGCUCUCAGUCAAGACUGAAGAGUCCCGUGAAAGCCAGUCGCUAUCCCAAGGCACAUCAUCAGGCUUCUGUUCAAGCCCCAGUUCGGAGGCCGAGGGUGGCAACGUUCAGAAGUCUUUAGUAAGUGAUUUGUUUUCAAGUCCCUCAGAAAGGGCUCCUGUGCUAAGUAAAUCUCUCCAGUUGGCUGGCUGUCCUCUCCUGCUGUCAGCUAAGCGAGGGGUUCAAAAACAAAGCAACACAGAAGAUAUUUCCCUAGUUGAUGUGAAAGAAGUUGGGAGCAACACUGUUGGCAGUGAACCAGUAACUGAACUGCUUCCGGCUCCCAAUGUUGCCUCCACCCCCUCCAGCCCAGUGACUGGGUCCGACUCUGAAUCCUUACGAAGGGGGAAGAGGAAAUUAGAAAGCCCUGGGGCGUGCAGUUUAGCCAAACUACAGCAGUCCUGCCGCUCAAAAGGUAUCGACAGCCCAGUGCCCCAGCUGCAAAUGAACUCCACUGUCGAUGCAAGCCCCAAAACACAGAUGGACUGGGAUAUAAGUCUGUUAACCGCGGCUUCCUCGGAGGAGCUGUGUACAGAAGGGGAGACUCCCGAAAAGUUCUCCACUGCAGAAGAGCUGGGAGCACUGCAGAAGAAAGUGGAGGUUUCCAGAGCGUCUCCCGUUCUCAAGACAGACGGGCGUCGGUUCGGCGCCUCGAAAACGGCAGCCAGGGCUCUGAAACAGCUGCUGCUGAUGAUGGAGACGGAGAUGACGGUGAACACCAGUCACGAGGUCGGGACCUGUGUCACUCCAGUGGAACACGCCGCUGCCACCACGUGGAUCACCCCGGUGACCUUGCACGAGCGCGGUGCCAACACGUCCGGGGUGUUUGAGAGGAAGAGGGAGGUCUCUGUGAAUGAAAGCAGCACCAACACAGAUUCUCUACUGUGGAACCUACCCAGGGAUACUCUGAACUCAGCCCCCCGGCAGGAGCUGGAGAAGCGGCUGGAGUCGGCUCUCGUUGUGGUGGAGGUGCUUUCCCAGCAGCUCAUCGCAUCGAGGGAAUCCCAGAGCAAGGCAGCCAGCGUGGGGCCCUCCGAACAGAGGGACCGCCUCGUCCAGACUGACCACACAGAGUUCAGCCAGGUUGAACAGCAAUACAGAAAGCUUUACACUAAAGCAGUGGACAGAAUUCAAUCCUUGGAAGUGGAACACGAGGAAAGGCUUCAUCUACACCGAAGGAUGUCAGAGGUGCGACGUGAGAUGAAUUGCAAUUUCACAGAUGUCAAUGAUACGCUUUCAGUUAUUAAUGAAAUCUGCACCAUUGCCAGUGAGGACAAGAAAGCCAUGACUAAACAGAUGGCUCAGAUGAAGGAACUUCACAGCAGAAAUAUGAAGAUGCUCAAAAAAAUGAAAGAGGCAACCCAGGAGAGUGUUCAGGAGAGGGAUGAAAUGCAACAUAGAAUGGAGGGUGCUCUCAAAGCCAAGCAAGCGGCCUACUGUGUCACUGAGGAGCUGAGGUCCCGUUCCACUGCUCGAAUAAGAGAGCUAGAGCUGGAUGGAGACUGCUAUCAAGACCUCUGCAGAUCCCUGAAGCCUGCCUAUGAGGAGCAGAUUUCUCUGAAGAGAGAAUAUGUGGAAUCAGUUCAAACUGCAGAAGAGCUCUAUGUGGCUGUGAAAGAAGAUCAAUCGAAGCUCAAACUACAGCUGAGAGAAGCCCGGGGUAUCCUCCAGCAGAGCGCUCGGGUUCUAUCGGCUCUGCAUGAGAGAGCGCGGGACGCUGCGAGGCAGUGGGAGGCCAUGAGGCUGGAAGUGGAGGAUGCAGUCCUGCAGAAGGAACAGAUCCAGGGUGAACUCACGCAGGCAAACUCAGAUCUUGAAGAUGCCAGGAAUACGAUUGGAGACCUGAAUGUGCACAACGCCAUUUUCAAUUCUGAGGUUAAACUUCUCCGAGAGCGACUGAGCAAUGUUGAGCAGGAACACGACCAGCUACAGCACAGGAAUGAGAAACUGUCCAUACAGCUGUCCUCCGCUGAAGCCUCGCAGGCACUCCUGCAGCAAGCCUUCGCCGCAGAGACGGAAAAGGUUCAACUGUCUUGGGAGAAGAACCAAGAGUUGACUGAGAUCCUUCAUCACAUGGAGAGAGUGCUGGGAGACUCUCAGCUGGAGAAUAGCGACCUCAGGGCUAGACUGCAAGAGUGUGAAACACAGCUGACCCUUCUUCAGGAGCUUCAGCAAGAACAAACCCAGAAGCUCCAGCACAUGCAGGAACUGCAGAAGCAGGUCUCGUCCAUGAAGGAUCUCAAUGAGUUUAUUCAACAGGAGAACCAGCUGUCCCGGGAGCAGAUAGCAGAAACUGAGCUCCUGCUGAAAUCUCACCUGCAUGCUCUCCGGGAGCGCAACCUGGAAUGUGAAGACUUGAAAGAAACUCUGUCUCUGCUGAGGAUUGAGAAAGAGAACUUACAAGAGGAACUGGAUACUACGAAGGACAAGGCUCGCUCCAUGAUGCUCGAUAUGGGAAAAGAGAUCAACACGUCCUCCUCUGAAAUCACUCUUCUGCAAGAGAAACUCAAGAGGCUCAUGGGCUAUCUGCAGACUGCACUGGAGGGGCAGAAACCUGGCUCCCCUGUUAAACAUGGCGCCCCCAAGCUGUGUGCACAAACCCCCUGUCGGGCUGCUGGGGCUUCCUUUGUUGGCAGUGUAUUAGUGGCCAUUGCCGGAGAUGAAGCCAACGACCCCAGCCACACUGACACAGAUUCAGAAGAGCAAAAGCCGGAUGGUCUGGGCAGUGGGAACAGUGCUUUUACUCGUGUUGUGCCGACUACUCCAAAGAGAAUACAAGAAGCUGAGCAGGGGGGUCUGUUGGAGAGACUGGAAGGGUUGGGAGAGACAGUGACUGAGCUCUUCUCCACCAUAUCCCAGCUCCGAGAAGCCAAGGAAUCUGAGGAGAAGGAGCUCAGACAGAACAUAGCCGACCUACAGAGCCAGCUGCAUGCUUUGACUCUCAAGCAGGCGUCUGAAGUGAGCGAUCUGAAAGAGGAGAUUGAAGGGCUGCAGACUAAAAUAGAGCUUCAAAACCAGGCCCUGAAGCGCCAGGCUGAGAAAGAGAAGGAGUUGGAGAAGCUUUGUGAGGAGUAUGAAGCAUCCAGACAGCUCUUUCACAGGCAGAGAUUGGAAACAGUGUCCCUGCAGAGGGAGAUGGCAGAGUUGCAGCAUUCCCUGCAGAUGGCAGAGACCGAGGCCUUGACCCUGAGAGAAGAGCUGUCCAAGAGACGGACAGAGACUGGACAGGGGGACAGCUGGGUGGAGGAGAAAAUCCUGCUGCGCAAAGAGGUGAGGAAGCUGACGGAACGGCUGCUGGAAGCCGAGGACGGCAAAAGCAAGCUUUUAGCACGAGCGAUGAGACAUCGGGCUGUGUUUGAGGAGAACCUUCGUAAAUCUGAUCAGGAGCUGAAGGGUCUGGAUGAGAUGAUCGAGGCUGUCCGAAGGACACUGUCCUCGAUUCCAGACGUGGUUGCCAACUGUGAGGAGCUCAAGAACCUGAAAACAUAUCUCGGGUGAGGAGAAGCAAGCCUGGCGUCUCGGCUUCUCUAAUAAAAACUGUGUAUUUUGUAAAAGAGAAAUAUUUCCAUGUCUUUGUUUUUUUACAGAUAUAUUUAACAUUUCAAUAAAGUCAUUAUUUGUGUUUU